UCAAAUCAAAAGCAAUAUGCUCACUUUUCAGACCACAUUGCGCAACAUAAAGGACAGACGUAAUGCAAACAAACAGGCCCUCAGACACCUAGCCAAGACACCAUUUUGGAACCUAAUCAGUGCUUACAGAGAGGGCUACCUAACAAACACAAAUUGCAAAAAGUCUAACUAUGACAUUCUUAGACUAAUCAAUACCUACAACCCUGAGACCAAAAAAUUCAACUUUAGAGCUGGCAAUGAGUACGCAAUUACAAGCCAAGAUGUGGCUGACAUCUUUGGGUUGCCGAACCAUGGCAAGCAGCUGCCAAACACAACAACAUCAACUAGACCGAAACUGGAUUUUGUGAACAAAUACUUCAUGGGAGUCGAAACGCUCACCAAGACUGAAAUUGAUAGGUUUCUGGACAAAGCACUGGAGGAUGAGACACCUCAGGGGCCAAUGGACGUCACAAGGUUCAUAAUUCUAGAGUUAUUCAUCAGCAACUUAUUCUGUAACUCAGGAUGUACACUAGCUUGGACAUGUGUGACAACAAUAAAUACCGUGAAAGAUAUGAAGCAAUAUAACUGGGCAAAGGGUGUGCUGGACUACAUGCACUUUGGUUUGGACCAAGCAAUCAAGAACAAGAAAGACAAGAAAAAACAGCCAAGUGUCAGUGGAUGCCUUGUUCUAAUACUGUAUUGGUUGUGUCAAAGAGGUAACUUGAUAAGUCCUAUUGUUGGAAGAGAAGACAUGACUCCGGCAGCUGCGAGAUGGAGCCUUCCAGAGCUGAACGUGAUGCUAACUCAUUUGAAAAAUGAGCACAUUAAGAUAACCAUUGCUGAAAAUGAAGACGACAAUGAAGAAAAAGAGAGCGACACUGAGCAUAAUGAUGGUGGAGAUGAUGAAGAUAAUGAAGAGAAUCAAGAUGAGAAUGAACAAGAGAAUCAAGACCAAUUGCUUAAACAACUGCAUAAAAGGUAUAAACAAGCGGUUCAAAAUCAAGAAUCCAAAUUAACUUUGAAUGAUUGGUGCAAGGGUAAAAAACAGAAUACUGGCAAAGGGGAAAAUGAUAUUGCUCAGCGACAACUGUUUACCAGUGGUGAAACUGUGAAAAAUGAUGCAGAGCAAACCACAUCUCAAAUCCAUGAGCAAAAGCAGGAAAAAAUGAAUGAACACAACAUGGAUGAAGACAUUGCAACUAACCAAAAUGAACAAGUGCAAGAGAAGCAUCAGCAACAACUUGAAUCCCAACCCGACAGCCAAGAAAAGAUGUAUCAAAAUAUUUUUGUGGAGAUGGUGGGGUCAAUACCAGAGUACUACAAGGAUGAAAUGAAGCCUACCCAUGAUCGCAUCCAUGAGCUCAAAGAAGCAGUUGAUUAUUGGAUAGACAAAGCAGAAGAUCUCAAGUAUAAGAUGCAGGUUGCAAUUCAAUCGUGCAUGGAAAAAAAUGCUUUUAUUGAAAAAGUCUGUAGUGAAAAGGAAGCUGCACAGGAAAGAACAAAGAAACUAAAGAAGAAGCUUGAACAACAAGAAGAACAAAACAAAAAGCUACAAGCACAACUAGAGGAAGAGAAAUUGAAGAGGAGGCACCUGCAGAAUAACUAUGAACUGCUUGAAAGAGAUAAAAUGUCAUGCAUUGAGACCAUGAAACAAAAUGACUUUGAUAUUGCAUCUUUGGCACUAUGGGGUUUAUAACAUUCUUGAUGCCAUCUGCAAGCAAAGACUGGAAAGCAUGCUAGAGAUUUUCACUUGAUGGGAGUGCAUUUUGGAAUGGAAAAAGAGUCAUUGUACAAGGGUUGAUAGACGACACAUCAAUAUCUAAUGGAUGCCUAUAAAGAGUUACUUGAAGUUGAGGGGAAGACCAACCCUGUAAAACAACAAAAUGCAUGUGGUGAUUUUAAUGGAACCCAACAAUCCUAUCUUUUGGAGUUUAAAGUUUUAGAUCAAGAAUAGGAAUUUUUUCCCAUUCAAUCCAUAUAUGAUGUUUGUCUAGUUUUGGAAUGAAACAUAACUAAGGAAUUUACCUAAGUUGACUGGACUCAAUUCCACUUAAGAGCCGGAAUGGAACUACAGAGAGAGUGGUAUUUCUAUGCCAUGGAACUACUUGGAAUGUAAAAUCACUGCAAAUGCCCUUUCAUUAAU